CCCAAAAUUAACCCCCUCGGCCCCUGAGUUCGAGUGGGCGUCACGUCAAGGCCUGUCCCGAGCCAAUCAAACUCCUGGACUCCACUUCAACAGGUUACCUAGCGUGAAGCGUCUCGGCUCCGCAACAACCAUUUUAGGCUGGCAGUGAUGGGGAAAGUAUUGGAAACUGCCCAUUUUCUCAACGUCUCUUCAUGAUUCUCUGGCUAAAGGGUGUUGUUUUUAAUGUUACCACUGUGGAUUUGAAACGGAAACCUGCAGACUUACAGAAAUUAGCUCCAGGAACAAAUCCGCCAUUUAUAACUUUUGAUGGUGAUGUUAAAAUAGAUGUAAAUAAAAUUGAAGAAUUUCUAGAAGAAAAAUUAGCACCACCAAGAUAUCCUAAACUUGCACCAAACCAUACAGAAUCUUACUCUGCAGGAAAUGAUGUGUUUGCUAAAUUUUCUGCAUUCAUAAAAAAUACAAGGGAAGAUGUCAAUGAACAUUUAGAAAAAACAUUGCUUAAGGCUUUAAAUAAACUGAAUAGUUACUUAAAUACCCCCUUGCCUGAAGAAAUAGAUGCCAAUAGCACUGAAGACAUCACUGUUUCCACAAGGAAAUUCCUAGAUGGUGAUGAACUCACAUUAGCAGAUUGCAAUCUCUUGCCAAAGCUUCAUAUCAUCAAGGUUGUGGCAAAGAAGUUUAGAAAUUUUGAAUUUCCAUCUGAAAUGACUGGUAUCUGGAGAUAUUUGAAUAAUGCAUAUGGUAGGGAUGAGUUCAUGAAUACAUGCCCUGCAGAUCGGGAAAUAGAAUAUGCCUACCUGGAUGUUGCAAAAAGAGUGAAAUAA